CAUUACAUUACAAUGCGUGGUGGGUUGGACGACCGUGCGCGAAGAAAUGCUCCGGCGCUUUGCGUAAAACAAACAGCCACAGAGGGCGAGAAUGACACAUCCAGGCUACGCGCACACUCGUUUAGCAGCACGGCAACAGCGCUCUGAGACAUAAACAACGAGGAAGCGGCCGCCGCCGAGGAAAAUCAUGCACACGUUUUAGGAUUUAAUUCGGCAAUCAAACCAUUUCUCGAGAAGGAGCAGGAUCUAAACGCCGAAGCGGUUUAUGAGGGUCGGAAAAAAUCUGCAGCAUGCAACAUAUUCUUUAUGUCAGUGAUCGGCGCCAGACCAGGCGAGGACGGCCACUUUUUUUUUUUUUUUUUUUUUUUUUUUUUUGCUUGAACUGUUCAUUUAAGAAAUCCUAUCUGAUAUUUCUGUGCAAGACUGAGGCUGCUGUGGCCGCGAGAGGACGUUUCGUAAUGAUAUAAAACUGAAAGGAAGGAAGGGUUUUUUUCAAACCUCCGUCUACAGUCGCCUGCUUGUCGUUUUCCUGGUGGUGGAGCGCAAGAAUAGUUUCUCUUGUCUGAACGCUUUGACUCAUGAUUUCGGGGGUUACUGGGAGCCCACUCGACUUUUGUCCGCCCUGCCACGGAGGAACACCGGGGGCUUUUUCUUUUUCGGCGACCGCUUCGCCCGAGGUGCGUUUGGUUUCAAGAGCAACAGAGGGAUUAAACAUUUCUGCUCUCGGGCGCCCGUUUGUGUGAGACAGACUGGGUUACAUUGUGAGAGGAACGGUUGUGGCAAGAAAGAAGGCUAUAAAUAGCGCAUGCAAUUCUCGAAAACUAUCACAAGUGGUGCAUCAGCUUGUGGAACAGACGGAAUCAGAUAUCCUGUGCGUAAUAACGUCUCGUCUCGAAGUUGAUUGUUUUGCAGCGUAUACGGACACCUUUAUUAUAUUCAAGUUUAGACUGUUGAUUUGCUAUUUUUUUAUAGGGCUGUUCCGGGAGAAAGGAGUCGCUUCCCCAUGGAUUAUGACCCUUUAAUGAUGAAACUAUCUGCGGAAAGACUGAUUUGGAAACAGGCUGAUCUCCCUCCGUGUGUGGAUUGAAAUGGAUACAUCUCUGCGCUCUGACAAUGAUCAGAUUUGGAAUCGCCUGACCUGGAUUGGAACAAUGUUGUGAUCCCCGCACACACGCUUGGAUUUACAACAUUACAACAGAUCCGCUGGGGGCUUAUUUAUGGAUGCAUAUUGCACUUCUUUUUGAAUACGCCCAUUCCUCUAAGCGACCAUCCCGAGCCUAUUAUCCGGACCUCUCGUGAGGUUAUCCGCCUGCUUGUUUUGGCACCGAUUUGUCAGCCCCUGCUCGGUGUUUGAUGCCGAUGUAGGAUUUCGACAUGCCCUGCGCUGACGACCCCAAAGGCGGACGAUUAUGACUACAACGGCGAAUUGGGUGGCUAACGGGGCAAGCCUUGAGGACUGCCACUCCAACAUCUUCUCUCUGGCGGAGUUGACGGGCAUUAAAUGGCGUUGCUACAGCUUCCACGGCGGCGGCGAGUACGGGCCCGUGAUCUCCGCCCCGGCUCAGGACGACCCGGUCCUUCGUAGCUUCAUGCGCUGCGUGCAGGCCAACCUUCUCUGCGUGUGGCGGCGCAAAAUCAAGCCCGAUGGCAAAGAGCUGUGGAUCUUCUGGUGGGGCGAACAGCCCAACCUCUCCGAUGUGAUUCAUCAGGAGCUGGAAGUGGCUGAGGAGGGGCUGUGGGAGUGUGGGCUGUCCUACGAGUGCAGGACCCUCCUGUUCAAGGCCAUACACAACCUGCUGGAGAGGUGUCUGAUGGAUAAGGGCUUCGUGAGAAUCGGGAAAUGGUUCUUCAAGCCGUAUGAGCUGGAAGGAAAAUCUCUGGGCAACAGCGAACACCUAUCAUGUUCCUUCUCCUUCUUCCUCCACGGGGAGAGCAACGUGUGCACCAGCGUGGAGAUCGCCCAGCACCAGCCUGCGUACCACAUCACAGAACACCACAUCCGCCUCGCGCAGACCUCCGUCACACCAGUGCAAGUGGUCCUGAGUCCGUACGGUCUGAGUGGCACCCUAACAGGUCAGGCCUACAAGAUGAGCGACCCGGCAACACGGAAGCUGAUGGAGGAGUGGAGCUACUUCUACCCAAUGGUACUUCAGCAGAAAGAGGGAAGUGGAGACAAGGAAAAAGAGGAAGCGGCCCAGGCGUAUGAUCGCAACUGUCACGUGGCGGUGGAGGUCAUCGUAGGUGGAGUUAGGAUGACUUACCCGGCUGCUUUUGUACUGAUCGCCCAAGGGGACCUACCAGCAGAGCAGCCUCCGCCUGUUCCUGCAGCUCAGGGCCUCAACAAAGAGCCGAACCACUGCAGCGUGCCGCUGACGCCGCCAACGUCACCAGAACAGCCCUGCUCUGCGGACAGUGGCUUCGUGACCUUGGUCUCCAGUGUCCCCGCAUCAGACAGCAACAUGGGGAUCCCCACCAUCAGCCCUAAGCAUUCUGGGAAGAAGCUGACCUGUCAGGUGGUCCACCAGGCCUGGAGAGAGUGCUAUCUCAGCCAGCCACAGCAUGUACCGAAUCAGCCAACUGACAUGACGCCGAGGAAGGAAGUGCCAAAUGGAGUUACCACGUGGGACUUCAAUGAUCUGGGAGCGCGAGCACCCUGCAGCUGCUCCAGGUUAAAACAGCAGAAGCUGAAUCCGACCACCGCAUCCACUGCCAACGCCCAGUCCAGUGCCAACCCCACUCAGGCCUCUGGCCCGUCGUUACACCCUCCGUCUCUGCCCAAACACAAGACGAGCGACAAGGCGGAAAAGGCGGACAAACAGUCCAAGAGGCCAGCUGUGAUUCCCUUCCAUCAUCGCCUGUCCGUCACACAGGAGACCCCUCUGGAACAGGACUCACCAGGAGGGCCCCAGCUUGGUGGCCUUGUGGUGCUGGAGCCGCCCAUCGAGCCCUUAGCGGAUCUGCCAAGCUGCAAGUAUUCCAAGCCCCUUUCCAAUGGCAGGAAGGGUCCAGAAUCCCUACUCCAUUCACCCAUGUCUCCACUUCCACCUACUCUCAGCCCACACCCCCGGGUGCAGGACCCAGAUGUGCUGGAUGGACCUGUGGAUAUACCCCUGUGUCCAGACGGGGCUUCGGGGAUGGGGGUGAUUACCAGCGAGACAGUGGUGUAUACAGCUAUGCUGAGGCAGAGGGAGAACGGGGCUGGCUGGUGGAGGGGCUUCAGGACUCCCAGGACUGAUAAGACUGACUGCAGACCCCCUGAGCUCCCCGCCGAUAAACAAGAGGAGAUGAAGACAGAGACGACCGCCGAGGGAGCUCCACUUAAGAGACUAUACACGCAGACUCACAAGAGAUUUAAAAUCUCAGAGGAGAGGGUGAGGAAUCACAUCCACACCUUGGGCCUGCUCCAGCCGCCAGGUGUGGAGGCGCUGCGGGAGAGCGGGGAUGAUCCCUACGACUUUAAGGAAGGCGACAUCGAGUACACGUUCUCCACUUCCAAGAGAUUAAAGAGUCAAGGGCGAGAACCCAGCAAGAAGGCCAAGGGUGAAGAAAUCACCAGCAACGGUGCACUGCCUGAUGGAAAAGACGCCAUGUCCAUUUUUAACUCGGCUCCAAAAUCAGAUGAAGCAGGUCAGGACGACGCAGCCGCUAAGGCAAAUCCUUCUCUGACCAGAGAAAAAGAUCUCGUGGUCAACAUCUCAGAUCUGGACAAUAUAUUUGAUGAAGAUGAGGAAGAUUUAGGGAACGUUUACCCGAACCAGCACUCAGCCAAGCUCCCGGUGUCGACGGAAGACCGGCCCUUUGGGAAAGAGGGGCGAGUUGCAGUACCAUAUCCAUCUAUAGCAGACCUCCAGCGCAUGUUUCCCACCCCGCCUUCCCUAGAGCAACACCCGGCCUUCUCCCCCAACACCACUUACCGUGACACCCCGAGUCAAGAGCCCCCUGCACCCAGCGGAGCGUCCGACCACCUGCCGUCAUUAGCCUCCACCCAGCUCACUGAAUACAGGAUGGAGAUGGAGGAGGGCCUGGCUAGUCCCAGACAGGAUGAUAUCAAGCCGCAGAUCGCCUCCUCCAUGUUUGCUCCUCUAUCCUGCCUGCCCAGCCAGAGUCUGCCGCCUCUCAAGAUUCCCGAACAGUGCUACUACCGUCCGUCCUGGGCCCUCCUGCCCAAAAUGGAGCACUUCCCCGCUGUUAUGCAUCCGCAGAAUGUGGCGUUCACCAAGGAUGGAUACACAAACGUUCCCAGCGUCAACACCCUCACAGACCAGGAGUACAACCAGAUGACUGCCACCACUGCCUCUGCAAACACAACCAUCGGCAUUCUCCCCUCUCCUGCCACACCGCGCUUCUCUGUCCCGACUCCGCGAACCCCUCGGACGCCGCGGGGCAUAAAUGCCGCCAGCUCCGGGCAGGGUUCGGUGAAGCAGGAUGGUACCGAGCUCAGCUCUCCCGUCUCCACCCCAUCCACCAGUUUGCCUCUUAGCUCCGUGGAGCCCCUAGCUCGACCGGGACCCUCUCUGCCGGAGGCCCACAGCCUGUACGCCAUCCUUCUGCUGUCCGACUCCGUCCUCAGCGUCUUCAAGGACCGCAACUUCGACAGCUGCUGCAUCUGUGCCUGCAAUAUGAAUGUCAAAGGAGCGGACGUGGGAGUGUACAUCCCGGAUUCCACCUGCGAAGAUCAGUACCGCUGUAUGUGCGGCUUCAGUGCCAUCGUGAACAGGCGGCUCGCCCACGGCACGGGCCUCUUCGUGGAGGACGAGCUGGAUAUUUAUGGCCGGAAUUCGGAGGUGGGGCGGGCGGCCGAGAGGAGGCUGGCUCUUUGCCGGCGGGACCCCACUAUGCGAGACUCCAGGGCCAAGCGCCCGCAGGAUGCCGCCCCUGCCUCUCCGCCGGUGAUGGUCCUUUUGCAGGAACAGUGCUCCCAGCCCAUCUCUUCCCUGGCGUCGCUUCAUCUCCCCAUCAGCUGCUCGUGCCACGGCCGCAAGGGUGCACUCCUCCAAAGCUGGAUGUCUGAGAAGCAGUGGGCCGACGGGAGCGACGCCUGUGUGGAGUGUUAUAAUGCAUUGGAGCAGGGGCUGCAGUAUGUAGAUAACCCCACGGGAGGGAAAGUAGAUCCAGCUGUUGUCAGAAGUACUGCUCUUCACUCCUGGGCCCACACUAAUGUGGUGGAUAUGAGCAUGUUGUCGUCACAGGACAUGGUUCGUAUGCUGCUGUCUUUGCAGCCUUUCCUGCAGGAUGCCAUCCAGAAAAAGAGAACUGGACGGACCUGGGAAAACAUCCAACACGUUCAGGGUCCACUCACCUGGCAGCAGUUUCACAAGAUGGCUGGAAGAGGCUCUUAUGGUUCGGAGGAGUCACCGGAGCCCCUGCCCAUCCCUACGGUGUUGCUGGGCUAUGACCGGGAGCGGGACUUUUUGGCGUUGUCCCCUUUGGCUUUGCCUUUCUGGGAGAAGUUGCUGCUCGAACCAUAUGGUGGGCAGCGGGAUGUUGCUUAUGUUGUUGUGUGUCCUAAUAGCCCCUCUCUGCUAGCUGCAGCCCGGUCCUUCUUCCAGGAGCUCAGUGCAGUUUAUGAGACGUGUCGUCUUGGGAAGCACCGUCCUCUAGCUAAGGUGUCCAGGGAUGGUUUGAUCCGUGUGGGUGAAGAAGUUGAGCAAGAGAAGCUUGAGGAGCUGGACGUGGACCAGUGGUUGACCGGACCGUGGACUGGACAGCAGCACACUGACAACCUCAACAAACUUAAACUCUAUGCUUACGCCUGCAAGCAGCAACUAGGUCCCCAGCUUUCAGCGCUGCCUUUGGAUAGCAGUCUUCUGUUGCCUCCUAAACCCCAGCCUCCUGUAAACAACACAUCCUCAGCUCAGCCUGCCUCGUCUGGGCAGCCUUCAGCUUGGGCCCCUGACGGAGAACAGGCCCAAGGUGCUGUCAGUUCAGCAAAUGCUUCGACCCCGACCGGAGCAAACUCAGGCCAGACAGGGGAGACAACCCAAGGGGGAGCCGGCGAUUCUAAAGGGCCUUCUAGUUCCACGCCACCAGCCAACACACCAGCAGAAACCCCUGAACUCUCAGCUGAGCAGUCCAGAAUCGGCAUCCCCACUGUGGGUGACUCAAUGGAGAGCCACGCCAACCCACCAGCUAUUGUCGUUUACAUAGUGGAUGCAUUUCUGAACUUGAGCGGAGCGAGAAACGAAGGAGGAGAAGAAGAAGAGGCCGACGAGGUGGAGUCAGGUAGCAUUUGGCUACUAGGGCUUCUUCGCUGCUACACAGAGAUGCUGCAGACCUUGCCUGAGACGAUGAGGCCCGCACUGGUGCUACAGGUGGUGCCAUGCCAGUAUCUUCUUCAGCCAGCUAGUGGAGAGAGCCAUUUGUAUCUGCAACACCUGCGCUCCCUGGCCUUCUCAUGCUACUCUCAGUGCAGACGUCUGUUACCCCAGCAAACAAAUAUCAAGUCCCUGACCGGCUUUGGCCCAGUGUCUACUGUCAGUUCAGUGCUCACGAGUCCAGAGCAUCCCAGACCUCUACAGCUGUACUCUCCGCCAUUCAUCCUCGGUCCGACCCGUCCCAAACAACCAGAGUCAGGAGAGAUAUGGGCUGAGAUCCCUCCCAAAUUCAACGUGCUCUUUGUUGGAUACUGCCUCUCUCACGACCAGCGCUGGAUCCUGGUGUCCUGCACUGACCAGCAGGGGGAGCUCCUGGAGACAAGCAUUAUCAACAUUGAUGUCCCCAACAGAGCACGGCGUCCCAGAGUAUCAGCAAGGAAGAUGGGGCUGCAGAAGCUGUGGGAGUGGUGUAUUGGCAUCAUUCAGAUGACCUCCCUGCCGUGGAGGAUUGUCAUUGGUCGAUUAGGCAGACUGGGCCACGGGGAGCUAAAAGACUGGAGCUCGCUCCUCGGAGAGCACUCCCUCCACUCCAUAGGACGCCAGCUGAGGGAGGCCUGUCGUAUGUGCGGAAUCUCGGCCGCGGACUCCCCCUCCAUCCUCAGUGCCUGCCUGGUAGCCAUGGAGCCCCAGGGCUCCUUCGUGGUCAUGCCUGAUGCAGUGACCAUGGGCUCCGUGUUUGGCCGCAGCACCGCUUUGAACUUACAGACGUCGCAGCUGAACACGCCUCAGGAUGCUUCCUGUACGCACAUUCUAGUCUUCCCGACCUCAGCCACCACCCAGCUAGCACCCAGCUCCUACCCCACAGAGGACAAUAACGACGACAUGUUUGAUCUUCCCUUUCCCGAUGAGCUGGAGAAUGACAUCGGCCAUGACAUGAUGCUGAUCAACCUUCACCCUUCCCCCAACACCUCCCCCGUGCCCUCGCCCGGGUCGCCGUCCGGGAUGGGAAUGGGAUCACAUUUCCAACACACCAGGGGCCAGGGAGAGCGCUUACUGUCCAGGGACAAUCCCCCAGAGGAGCUGAAGCAGCAGCCGCUGGCUCUGGGCUACUACGUCUCGACGGCGCAAGCUAACGGACUCCCUCACUGGUUCUGGGCCUCCUGCCCACAGGCUGAGAGCCAGUGUCCACUCUUCCUUAAGGCCUCUCUCCACCACCACAUCUCCAUUACGCAGUCCGACGAGAUGGUGUCUGAAAAGAGUAAGAGGGCUCCUCAUCCCUUAGACUCAAAGACCACCUCUGAUGUGCUCAGGUUUGUAUUGGAGCAGUACAACGCCCUCUCUUGGCUGACGUGCACGCCCGCCACACAAGACCGCCAGUCCUGCCUGCCCGUCCACCUGGCCGUGCUGACCCAGAUGUACAAUGCCAUCCUGAACAUGCUUUAGCUGUGCGAGAGUUCAAGGACACAACUCCUCGAUGGUCGCAUCCAUUUCUCCUGUGCCUACGCUUCUUUCUUGACCACCAGAGAGCGCCAGAGCUCUUCGGUUGUUUCAGGUCGACUAGGAUAUAAUGGCCAAAUAUAUAUACACACACACACACAAAAAAAAGAAAAAAGGACAGGGCAGGUCAGACUAUUCCUCGCAUGGAAUGUAAUGAAUGAGAAGAGCGAAACGCUCUGAACAGUGAUGUCGGUUGACGUCGGUCAUCCGUGGUGCCGUGGAAACCUAAGGGAAGAGACGCAUCUGACCCGACAUUUGAAGCAUCCGUGGAUGACCUUUACAGGCGAGCUCCCUAGGAUUGUUUUUACCCCCCCUCCCCUCACCUGUGAAAAGGGACAUCCGCGCAGGGGCCACACAACUCCAUAUCGUACAACCAGCAAAACGGCAUGAGAACACACAAACACGUGGCUUUGUUACAUCAAUUAUGUUUUUACGUUUUUUUUGUAUAGGACUGCACUGCUGAGCUUUUCUGGACGUGCAGCUGGUUGCUGAAACUUUUACCUUUACUCCUAGAGGGGCAGUGUCCCACCCCCUCCCCCUACACCCACCCGCCCCCCACCUCUCCAAAUGGGGGGGGGGGCAUUUGAUAAUGGCACUUUUUUUUCCCGCCCCUCACCUCUCCAAAGUGUUGCAGAUGCGAACACGAUGGAGAAAUAUUUGACCAGUUCAGACAGACGUGUUGUUUAUAAUGUAAGGCAUACAUUUACAAAGAAUCGAGACUUAUUUUUUAAUAUUUAAAACAAAACAAAAAAAAAAAAAAUGAGAAAAUGAAAUGGCCUUUUUCUCCCCAAAGUGACGAUUAACUGUCUUGGGAUCUGAAAUAAAAUUUGUCAUUUUAUUGCAAUUGUAAAGAUGGCAUAUUUAUACAAAUUAUAUCAUGUCAUAGAAUUUCAUAUAUAAAUAUAUAUAUAUGUAUAUACAUAAAUAUAUAUAUAUAUUACCUCUUUCAAGCAGGCACUUAAUGAUAAGGGGAUGGGCAGAACUGUCUCUUUAGAAGUGGACGCAGUAUGAACAUUUAUCAAAGAAGUUGCAUUUUAAGUUCCUUUUUUAUUUUCUGAUACUGAACAUGUUACCUUUUCUUUUUAUUUAAUGAGUUUAAAUUAAAUCGAUGCAGGAAAUACAGCAUACUGUAUAUUUAUAAGGUAUUCCUAUUCUGCUAAAGCAAACUUGAAAUAGGCAAUAAAUAAAAAAUGAAAAAAAAAAAAACACACACACACAAACAAGGUUAUUACAUAUUUAAGAACGACGCUUUAUUUCAUUGGCUCUCCUAAAUGAUGUCAAGCAAACUUUUAGAAAGGCCUCUCUCUUCAGCUUCUCUCUCAGUCUGCUCUUUGUUAAGACUCCUAGCAUGUUUGUAUAUACACUUUUCAGCUGUGUUUGUUCGGGGGCUUACUUAAAGCUGUACAUUUCAUGCUGGUUGGAUUCCUUUCAAGUAAUUCAUAUCAAAGUGUUUUUGCUUUUGGAUUUUGAGUAUUUUUUUAUAUAAAGCAUACAGUGCGAAACUCAUUUAACUGCGGCCGAGAGGCUCCAUUUCCAAGUACAGUUAUAGCCACACAAAUGUACAGACAAGGGCAAGCUUGCAGAGAUUUGUUACAUCUGUCAUCACUUUGAAUAUCAAACAGAUCCAAUUAACUGGGAGAGAUCUGUUACUUUUACACUCUUUUUUAGUAAAUUAUUAAAACUCUUGAAAAUGA